AUGGCUCGACAGUAUCUCAAAUCCCGCGCCGCUCCCUCAGACCAUACGCAAUCACCCUCAGUCGACGUAUCCGCCGUCGUCGAAGAGGUGAUCAGCGCCGUGCGCGCAGACGGCGACGCUGCUGUUAGAAAAUACUCCGCGAAAUUCGACAAAUGGGCGCCAGACAGCUUCAAGCUAUCCGAAGCAGACAUCGAGGCUGCGAUAGCCAUGUGUCCUGAGCAAACCAUCGCCGAUAUCAACGAGGUCCAGCGAAACGUGCGGGCCUUCGCAGAGGCACAGAAGGGCUCGUUGAAAGAUUUCGAAAUUGAAAUUCAGCCGGGAGUGCACCUCGGGCAAAAGAAUGUGCCGAUUAAUACCGUCGGCGCAUACAUCCCAGGCGGCCGCUACCCACUCCUCGCAUCGGCACACAUGACAAUCCUCACAGCGAAAGUCGCCGGCGUUAAGCAUGUCAUUGGCUGCACACCCCCUAUCAACGGCGAGAUUCCGCAUAGCACGAUUGCAGCUAUGCACCUGGCGGGAGCAGACGAGAUCUUCCUCCUGGGCGGCGUGCAAGCCGUGGCUGCCAUGGCCGUGGGUACCGAGACAAUCCGUAAGGUGGAUUUUCUGGCUGGUCCCGGGAACCGAUUCGUGGCCGAGGGUAAACGACAGCUGUUUGGUGAAGUCGGUAUUGAUCUCUUCGCGGGUCCCACCGAGAUCCUCAUCCUGUCGGACGAGACGGCCGACCCGUUCACGGUGGCCACGGACUUGAUCUCUCAGGCUGAGCAUGGGCCGGAUACACCCGCUGUCUUGAUCACGACGUGUCCUAAGGUUGGGCGGGAGACGAUUGAGAUCGUGAACAAGCUGCUUUCUGCGUCGGACCUCUCGACCGCAGAUGUGGCGAAGGUUUCGUGGGAUGCGUUUGGAGAGGUUAUUGUUGUGGAUACUAUGGAGGAGCUCUGGGAGCUGGGUGACCACUACGCAAGCGAACAUGUGCAGGUGUUUACGAAGAAUCCCAGGGAUGCGUUGGAGAAAAUGUCUAAUUACGGGGCGUUGUUCCUUGGAGAGAACACAUGCGUGUCAUAUGGCGACAAGGUGAUCGGCACGAACCAUGUUCUGCCGACUCGGACAACCGCUCGAUACACUGGUGGUCUGUGGGUUGGGAAGUAUCUGAAAACAUGCACAUACCAAGAAGUGACCUCAUCGGAAGCCAGUGGAAAGCUCGGCCGUUUGUGUGGACGAGCUGCACGGGCUGAGAGAUUCGAGGCGCAUGCGCGUUCUGGCGACCUACGGGCGAACAGACACAUGGGAGACGAGAUUGAGUGGAUUAAGAAGGUCUAA